GUGUACCGCAGACAUCAUUUCUACUACAGUGGCGGAGCCGUACAGGACCUGUUUCACUGCAGGGGGAUCACAAAACAAGCCCCGCGGAGCAGCCGCCAGAGCUACAGCAGCCGCAAGACACUGUUUCUCUCCCUCUGCCCCCCCUUCCCCACGCAACCCCAGAUCCAUUUACACUUUACAGAGCAUCGUGCAGCAGCCAGUCCCCAGGGUGGUCCGUUCAAGCUGCGGAUUUGUUUGCCAUCACUCUAAGACAAUCUCCUCCUCCACGGCCACUCCAGGGAAGUGCAUCACAAAUCAGCAUACUGGAGCAAAAUGAAAGAAUUUGUUCUGAGGCCUCAAAAGUAGUGCUGCUACGGACCAUGAGCAAGAAAGGGUGGACUUCAGCCUGCACGGAUGGUCUUGAAACACAAAUAGUUGUGGGUCUAGGCAUUUUACAUUGAGUUUCUCUACUGCCACCCCUUCUACUCAAGCAAAAUCUGUGUGGAAAGAUCCGCUGGGAAGGAACUGACUGCUUAUGUUUCUCCAUUGUGAUGAAAGCACAUGGUACAGUUUUCCAAAGAAAUUAGUCCUUCUUCUGGGUGAAAAGAAACCAGUCUGCUGUUUUCAUAGGGUAUUUCUCACUCCUCUGGAAGGAAGAAAGAACACGCCUGAGCCUAGGAGCGCUCCAGCUUCUUGUGGGAAGUCUCCAUGGUGAAGGCUGAGCCAGGGCUACCUGCGAACGGCGCGCAGUGAAUGUCGCCUCCAGGAAGGGACAUCAGUAACAUGGGAGUGUCACUUACUGAGGAUUGUGGACCACAUGACUGUUCUGGUACAGAGGGCAUCCCGUGGCGAAUAACACACCAGCAAGUACAUAAUCCACGCAGAACACAGGGACCAUCAGGCCAGGAUAUCAGUCCAUCUCAGAACGUUAGACGAUUCCAGAGCUGCCGCCGGCGGAUAGCACCCACGGGGAGAUGAUUCCUCAUGAAGAGCCUGGCUCCCCUACAGAAAUCAAAUGUGACUUUCCAUGUAUCAGACUGAAACCAGAGCCAGCCAGACAGUGAAACAGUCACCGUGGAGGGGGGACGGCGAAAAAUGAAAUCCAACCAAGAGCGGAGCAACGAAUGCCUGCCUCCCAAGAAGCGCGAGAUCCCCGCCACCAGCCGGCCUUCCGAGGACAAGGCGGCCCCUCCGCCCAGCGACAACCACCGCGCGGAGGCCGUGGCAUGGCUCCCCCCGGGCAACCCUGGCGGCCGCGCCCACGGGGGCAGCAGGCACGGCCCGGCGGGGACUCCCGUGGAGCUUGGUUUACAGCAGGGAAUAGGUUUACACAAAGCGCUGUCCACGGGGCUGGACUACUCCCCGCCCAGCGCGCCCCGGUCUGUCCCGGCGACCAGCACGCUGCCCGCGGCCUACCCUCCCCCGCAGUCCGGGACCUCGGUGUCCCCCGUGCAGUACGCGCACCUGCCACACACCUUCCAGUUCAUCGGGUCCUCCCAGUACAGCGGGCCCUACGCCGGGUUCAUCCCCUCGCAGCUGAUCUCCCCAACGGCCAGCCCCGUCACCAGUGCCGUGGCCUCCGGCGCGGGCGCCGCCACUCCAUCCCAGCGCUCCCAGCUGGAGGCCUAUUCCACUCUGCUGGCCAACAUGGGCAGUCUGAGCCAAGCCUCAGGACACAAGGCUGAGCAGCAGCAGCAGCAGCAGCAGCACCUGGGCCGGACGCCGGGGCUCAUCACCCCGGGGUCCCCCCCACCCACCCAGCAGAACCAGUACGUGCACAUCUCCAGCUCUCCGCAGAGCGCCGGGCGCACGGCCUCUCCUCCGGCCAUCCCCGUCCACCUCCACCCGCACCAGACGAUGAUCCCACACACGCUCACCCUGGGGCCCUCCCCCCAGGUCGUAGUGCAAUACACCGACUCCGGCGGCCACUUCGUGCCGCGCGACGCCACCAAGAAGGCCGAGAGCGGCCGGCUGCAGCAGGCCAUGCAGGCCAAGGAGCUGCUGAACGGAGAGGUGGAGAAGGGCCGGAGGUACGGCGCCCCGAGCUCCGCCGACCUGGGCCUGGUCAAGGCCAGCAAGUCGCUCCCCCACCCGUACGAGUCCCGGCACGUGGUGGUGCACCCCAGCGCCCCCGACUACGGCAGCCGGGACUCCUCGGGGGUCCGGGCCUCUGUGAUGGUCCUGCCCACCAGCAACACACCCGCCGCCGACCUGGAGGUGCAGCAGGUCACUCACCGGGAGGCCUCCCCGUCCACCCUCAACGACAAAAGCGCCCUGCACCUGGGGAAGCCCGGGCACCGGUCCUACGCGCUGUCACCCCAACAGGCUCUGGGCCCCGAAGGCGUGAAGGCCGCCGCCGCCGUCGCCACGCUGUCCCCCCACACGGUCAUCCAGACCACACACAGCGCUUCAGAGCCACUCUCUAUGGGACUGCCGGCCACCGCCUUCUACGCGGGGACUCAAGCGCCGGUCAUCGGCUACCUGAGCAGCCAGCAGCAAGCGAUCACCUACGCCGGCAGCCUGCCCCAGCACCUGGUGAUCCCCGGCACGCAGCCCCUGCUCAUCCCGGUGGGCAGCGCCGACGUGGAGGGGUCCGGGGCAGCCCCCGCAAUAGCCACGUCGUCGCCCCAGUUCGCUGCCAUGCCUCACACGUUCGUCACCACCGCCCUUCCCAAGAGCGAGAACUUCAGCCCGGAGGCCAUGGUCACGCAGGCCGCCUACCCCGCCAUGGUGCAGGCCCAGAUCCACCUGCCCGUGGUGCAGUCAGUGGCGUCCCCCGCCGCGGCGCCCCCCACGCUGCCCCCCUACUUCAUGAAAGGCUCCAUCAUCCAGUUGGCCAACGGGGAGCUGAAGAAGGUGGAGGACCUGAAGACGGAAGACUUCAUCCAGAGCGCGGAGAUCAGCAGCGACCUGAAGAUCGACUCCAGCACGGUGGAGAGGAUCGAGGACAGCCACCACCCCGGCGUGGCCGUGAUACAGUUUGCCGUCGGGGAGCACCGAGCACAGGUCAGCGUGGAGGUUUUGGUAGAGUACCCUUUUUUUGUGUUUGGACAGGGCUGGUCAUCUUGCUGUCCAGAGAGAACCAGCCAGCUCUUCGACCUGCCGUGCUCCAAGCUCUCCGUUGGGGACGUCUGCAUCUCGCUGACCCUCAAGAAUCUGAGGAACGGCUCUGUUAAGAAGGGCCCGCCCGUGGAUCCCGCCAGCGUCCUGCUGAAGCACUCAAAGAGCGACGGCCUGGCAGGCAGCAGACACAGGUACGCCGAGCAGGAGAACGGCAUCAACCAGGGAAGUGCCCAGAUGCUGGCCGAGAAUGGCGAACUCAAGUUUCCAGAAAAAAUAGGAUUGCCUGCAGCGCCCUUGCUCACCAAAAUAGAACCCAGCAAGCCGGCAGCAACGAGGAAGAGGAGGUGGUCGGCCCCGGAGACCCGCAAACUGGAGAAGUCGGAAGACGAGCCACCUUUGACUCUUCCUAAGCCUUCUCUAAUCCCUCAGGAGGUUAAGAUCUGCAUCGAAGGCCGGUCUAACGUAGGCAAGUAGAGGCAGCGCGGGGAAAGGAAACUCGGCUCCCCCUUCUCAUUUGUAUCCAGAUUACUGUACUGUAGGCUAAAUAACACAGUAUUUACAUGUUACCCUCCUUAGGUUUCUGUUAUAACCUUGUCAUUAGAGUUACAGCCGGUGUCGCGCAGGAGACUGGUGCACGCGCUUUCCCACGAGGGCCUGGCCCGGCCGUGAGCGCGGCAGGUGCAGGUGGAGGGGGCGGGGCCGGGCCGGGCAGCCCAGAAAGCCCCCGCCGCUCGC